AUGAGCUUUGCCGAAUCAAAGGACGCGGAGGAAGGCUUCACUAAAUAUGGCGCCGAAGAAAUAGAGCAUGUUAAACCUUCGAGGCUGGGCAACGAUCAAUCGGAGCUUAGCAGCAUCGAGACUACAGCAGCGUCCAAGACAGCAUGGCUGAUCUCCAUCGUUGUUUCAAUAGGUGGCCUCCUGUUCGGGUACGAUACAGGCUAUAUUUCCGCAGUUCUGGUCACCAUAAGUUCCUCUCUCGGUCAUCCCCUAAGUUCAAACGAACAAGAGAUGGUGACCUCCCUGACAAGCGGAGGUGCCUUGGUCGGAGCAGUGGGAGCUGGUCUCACCGCUGAUCGCUUCGGCCGCCGCUCACCCAUAUGGGGUGCCUGUUUGUUGUUCGUGAUUGGAACCGUUCUUCAGACAUGUGCCUACUCAGUUGGUCAGUUUGCGACGGGAAGAUUCGUCGUAGGCCUCGGAGUGGGCAGUGCAGCUAUGAUAGUCCCCCUCUACAUCAGUGAACUAGCACCAGCAAAAUAUCGUGGCCGCAUGGUUGCAUUCAAUAACAUGAGUGUCACGUUUGGUCAGCUCCUUGCUAGCGCCCUGGGUGCUGGUUUUGCCCAGGUGAAAGGCGACGGAUGGCGGGCUACAGUCGGAAUCGGAGCUGCCCCAGCCAUUGCACUAGCUGGACUCCUUUUCUUAUGCCCUGAAUCGCCUCGACAGCUAGUCUCUCAUAACAGAUAUGAUGCGGCCAAGGCUGUCCUCCUACGAAUUUACCCUCAGUCUACAGAGGAGCAACGUCAAGCUAAGAUCAUGUCAAUCGAGUUAUCGCUGAAUGAAGCUACACAAGUGAUGACGAAGGAAUCGUUUUGGGUCACCUUCAAACGUAUCUUCACAACGCCUUCUACCAGUCGCGCGGUUCUAACCGCAUGCGUGAUCAUGGCGAUCAGUCAACUUGGGGGAUUCAAUACGCUGAUGUAUUAUGCUGCAACAUUAUUCUCAAUCGUCGGGUUCAAUAACCCUACGGCCGUUGGGAUCACAGUCUCAGGUACAAAUUUCGUUUUCUCGAUCGUCAACCUGGUUCUUGUGGACAGACUGGGGCGAAGAGUUAUCUUGAUGUUUACCGUGCUGGGAAUGGCCAUUUGCAUGAUGGUAGCAGCCAUUGCUUUUCGAUACAUCCCCGUCAAUACCGCUACUCUAGAAUUGGAGACCACUAGUGUAGGAUGGCCGGGCACUGUCGUCCUGGUUGCGAUCAUAUGCUAUGUUGCUUGCUUCUCCUCCGGAGUCGCCACAAUUGCAUGGAUUGGCACAGAAUUGAUUCCCCUUGAGGUCCGAGCAGCGGGAACUAUGUUGAACACUGUUACGUGCUGGAGUACCAACAUUAUUAUCGCGUCGACUUUUCUUUCUAUGAUGAAAUCUUGGACUCCUAGUGGGGCCUUCGGUUUCUAUACUGGUAUCUGCUUUGUCGGCUGGUUGUUCGUGAUUUUCUUCUACCCUGAGUGCAAAGGCAUGCCGCUGGAAGCCGUGAGAGAAGUCUUCAGCGAUGGUUUCGGUGUCGGAUACUCGAAGAAAUGGCAGAAAGAACAUGACAAUGGCGCGAAGGCGGACACGGUGGUUUUUGGUCAUUAA